ACUGCAUACGUUGGAGGGGCAGCGAGCUGGCAGGAAGGAGAAGAUGUUAUUGGAGCGCCAGGAAUCAAUCAGCACGGACCUGAGACUACAGUCUGAGGCAACAUGAAAUAGGUACACAUGCGGAUGGUUUUACAUCGGAGAUCGGACUCUGCUGUUGUUUAGCCACGGGAUUUAAUUUUAAUACGUGGGCGCCGAUUGAGCUGCACAUAACCUGCAUUCAUCGCCUCAAGCCAAGACUCGGUGAUAGCAGGAUAAGCUAGCUGGCCAGCUAGGUCGAUUUUUUCCCCAAUUCUGCACAGAGGCUAGCUAGUGGAGAUCAUUCUGGUGAUUCCGAGGCACUGACAGAUGCGCGACUUCGCGGGGAGCCGGCUGCUUCGAUCCGCGGAGGUCUGAAUUCCCGGGAGAGAUCGAGAGGGUGUCGUCCUGGGGUCAGGGGAAGAUGCUGGGUUCCGAGAGAGGAGUGGUGGAGGAAUGGCUUUCAGAAUUCAAGGCAUUACCUGAGACCCAGGUACCCAGCUACGCCGCCAGCCUGCACCUGAAGAAGUCCCUGGUGCCGGCGCUCUACAGGGUCGUUCAGGACCCGGGAAAUGAGCUGCUGGAGCCGGUGUGCCACCAGCUGUUCGAGCUCUACCGCAGCGCCGAGGAGCGGCUCCGCCGGUUCACCCUGCAGUUCCUGCCCGAGCUCGUCUGGGUGUACCUGCGCCUCACCGCCAGCAGGGACCGCCAGAGCAACGGCUGCAUCGAGGCCCUGCUGCUGGGCAUCUACAACCUGGAAAUCGUCGACAAAGACGGAAAUGGCAAGACGCUGUCCUUCACAAUCCCCUCCCUCUCCAAACCUUCCAUCUAUCACGAGCCUUCAAGCCUGGGCUCCAUGGCGCUGACGGAGGGGGCGCUCAGCCACCACGACCUCAUCAGGGUGGUGUACAGCGGCCUCCACCCUCAGAGAGAGACCUUCACCGCCCAGAACAGGUUCGAGGUGCUGUGCUUCCUGAUGCUGUGCUACAACUCCGCCGUGGUCUACAUGCCCGCCUCCUCCCACCAGGCAGCCUGCAGGAUGAGCUCGCGGCUGUGCGUGUGCGGGUUCCCGCGGCAGCAGCAGAAGCCGUGGAGGGAGCCCUGUAACCGGGUGGUGCUGGACCCCGAGUUCAUGGUGCAGAUGCUGACGGCCGUCUACCACGCCACAUACAACGGAGAGUGGGACCUUGGGCGCGAGGCCUUGGAGGACAUCCUGUACCGGGCCCAGCUGGAGCUGUACUCCCAGCCGCUUCUGGUGGCGAACGCCAUGAAGAGCUCCCUGCCCUCCAGCGCCCCCGACGGAUCCCGCGGGCGGAAGAUCCUGCAGGUGGAGGUGACCCCCACGGUCAGCCGGAUCUCCCGCUCCGCCAUCACCGCCGCGUCCAUCCGGCGCCACCGCUGGAAGAGAGAGGAUUGUUUUGACCAGUCAAGCGAAGCAGAGCUGAGCGCCGUCGUCACGCCCGGCGGCCACGCCCCCUCGGAACCUUCGGCCGCCACCGAGCGAAGAGGGAGGGGCCAGCUCGGCCUGCCCCUGGCCGCGCCCAAGGAUGUUGACGGGAUGAGCGGGGGCGAGGACUCCUUCAACCUGAACGACCCGGACGAGGGCUUCUCCUCGGGCGCGUCCAACAGCAGCCAGCCCAGCGGGGCCAAGCCGGGCGGGGCCGGGGGCGGGGGCGGGGGCGGGGGCGGCGGCCUGCGGCCGGCGAGCCUGAAGAAGGGCCUGGUGGCUCGCCUCUCCCGGGAGCGGGACCGGGACAGGGAGGCGGCGGCGGCGGCCCGGCGCGGGCGGGACCUCUCGGCCGACCCCCAGGCGGUGCUGCGGCGGCACCACCAGCGGCAGCAGUCCCCGCCCCCGCCCCCGCCCGCCGUCACGCUGGACGCCGUGGAGCUGAGCCCCAUGAAGAAGCGGCUGAGCUUCCCCGCCGGCCAGUCGCUGGUCAGGACUUCCAGCGCCUCCUCCAGCCGCUCCUUCGACUGCAUGAACGUGAGCCUGAACGGGGGCCAGGCGGGGGGAGGCUCCCAGGAGACCGCGCUGGGCGGCGGGGGGCUGAGCGUGGGCGGGGCCCACCGCUUCUCCACCGUCAGCCUGCAGGAGGAGCGCCUGGCCCGGCCCGAGGAGGCCCAGGCCCUGCUGGCGCCCGGGACGCCCCUCACCAAACAGUCCCGCUCGCCCAGCUUCAACAUGCAGAUCAUAUCGCAGGUGUAGACGGGAUCGGGGGGGGGGGGGGAUGGUGCCCAAUGACGCCCCUCCUGCCCGGCUCCUCCCCCCCCCCAUCGGCAGCGGAGCCGGAGGAGGCCCCGCCCCCUUCACCCUCGGUCACCGGACUCGAGGGCGGAGUUUAACGCCGUUCCCUCUCAGGAGGAGGGCCCAGGGCCCAUGGAGGUGCUGUGAGUGACAGGCCACAAUAAGAUGGUUUCUCUCCCUCUAAACACAUCGUGGGGGCGGGGCCAUCGGCUCAACGGUAAACGUGUACAGAACCGCAAACGCCGUCGACGGUACGGGUUUGCAUCAGAGUGUACCGGCCUCACACCGGCCAGUCUGCAGGACUCCUGUUCUCCCAGCAUCCUCUCUGACCAAACGGAGCAUUCCAUGUCCUCUCUCUUUGUUGGGGGUGGGGGGGCGUACAAAAAUCCACACGAAAGAAAAUCAAAACAAAAUGAGCAGGGAGGAAGAUAAAAAUCAAUCCUAAGUUAUGAUUAUCCGUUGUGAGAAAAAUUUAAUGUCGUGGGUCUGAUAUAAUUUAUCUUGAGAUUCAGAUAGUCUACGUUUUGUAUUGAAUCAGCAAUAAGACUACCGUCGUUUGUGAGAAAAGAGUGGGUCGUUGUAGUUUGUCACGCCUUCUUGUUUAUCCUUGGGUGAUGUGCAAUCAAGAUUCUGAUUACUGGUUUUUUUAUUUUCGGUAUAUAUUUGUAUGGGUAUGCUCUUUCCGUCUUGUCUGCUUAAAGAAUGACUUUCCCAAAGACGCUGCUGUUUUUCCUCGAAUCUCUCGAAUGAUUUUAAAACAAACUGAGACACGCUGGUGUCGACUGUUCCUCUGUAAACUUGGAUUUAUUUUUCAUAACGUACUGUACACAGUUUUACUUACCCGAGGUUGUUUUUGUUUAAAUAAAUGUCGUUGUGACUGAAGCCCCAAAGCAAAACGAGGAAGCUAUGACCGGACUGGAACUUUUGCCUGCUUUAUGAUUUAGAAUCUUCUGGAAUGAGAACCACGGCAUCAACGUGGUGGUCCAGAAUUUUGAAGGUUUCUUAUAUUUUUUGUGCUGCUGUACGAAUAUUACAGAGAACAGGGAACUGAAAAUAUGCAUCUCGAGAUCUGUGAAGACGAUUCGGGUGGGAAUGAGGAGGCGAGAUCGAACGGUCUUGCCUGAAAUAGAAACGCGCAACUGUCAGGAGCCAAAACCUUACGUUGUAAUUUGAUGCAAAGUGUAUAGAUGUGAGUGGUAAUGACUGCAGAACAAACCCUUGUGGAUCCACUGUCUGUGCUGGUUUUCAUUCAGACUGCAGUUAGCCAAUUCCUACUUGCUGACCUAGAGUAUGAGUUCACUACUGACCGUGAGCUAUAACACGUUCUAUGUGUGCAGCCAUGUCUAUUCAAAGACCGAUCACGUCAGUACCGUGGUAAAAUGUGAUUUACCCUUUGGGCGUUCUUUCUGAAAGAGCUGGAACACUUGAUUGACGGAUCAAGUUUUGCACCAGAGGUGUGGAAGAACGCUGAACGUGUGGACGCCUAGUUACUCAAAACUGCAGUCUGGCUGAGGGAAACAAACGCGCAGCAGACGGCCUCGAGCCAAACCCGCGGUCCCUUAAA